AAUCUCGACUCAGUAGAACUUUCAUGUUAAGAAAAGAAAUCGGAAGCAUAUUACCGCAAUAUUUUUCAUCUACCCUCGUACAUUCCCCCGUAUAAAAGAGGUUGACCUGGAGGGAAAAAAAAACAUUUUCAUUCGCUGGAUGCUUCUUAUGUAUUUGUAUGAUAUACAAACUUCUGAUAAUUUGUGCGCAAGAUAGAGCUUAUAUCUGAGUACCGCGUGUCAGCCCGCAAGAUGGCAAAAGAAGCAUUUGCUAUAAUGACCGGUUUAUUUAUGUAUCAGUGUGCGCAAUUUAUUCAAACUAUUGACGUUCAACCGGCGGCUUCAAAAGAAGACUGUAUAUGCCCAAAGAAUGAUACGGAAUGCUAUUGUACACUGGUCAUUGAAUACAAACUAACAAUGCUUCUAGACAAUGAGCUUGUUUAUCCUGAUAAUGGUAAAUUGCGGUUACGGGCUAAUAAUUCUGAACUCGGUACCGAACAUGCGGCACGGGUUAUCACUGCAGAUGGACAAACAUCUCGUCUUGUCAUUACUGUCAAUGGCAGAUUCCCAGGUCCAAGAAUAGAAGUCUAUGAAGGACAAUUGUUACAUGUUAAAGUUGUCAACAAUCUUUAUACUGAAGGCGUUAGCAUUCAUUUUCACGGCCUACCGCAAAAAUCGACUCCAUGGAUGGAUGGCGUUGCAUACGUAACACAGUGCCCAGUUAUGCCUGGUCAGACGUUCGAACAUGUUUUUCAUGCAACCCCACCCGGCACUUACUUUUACCACUCACAUCUUGGCGGUCAACGAUUUAUGGGACUUUACGGUCCUUUAAUUAUACGUCCAAAGAUGGCUCUUGAAGAAAAGGAAAUUAUAAUAUCACUUCAGGAAUGGAAUAAUGAGUUGAACUCACAAACAGCACACGAAAGGGCAAUAACUCAACAAUUUAACUUUAAAACAAACGAAGUAAUCCCUUCUACAUUUUCUGUAGACGGAGCAGGAUUUGAAAGGUUUGCCUUUCAGUCUGGUCUUAUGAAUGGAAAGGGGAGAUUCUGGACAAGCUUGGAUUCUAACAACGGGUCUCCUCUGGAACGUUUCAAAAUAAGAGCAGGAACUCGUUAUAGAUUUAGAGUGAUUGGAGCAAUGUAUGCACUUCCAAUGCGAAUCUUUAUAUAUGGACAACGCAUAAACUUGCGUUCUUCUGACGCCUAUAACAUUAAUCAGCUUCCGGUACAAUCAAUAGUUAUACAUCCAGGUGAAAGGUAUGACUUUUACUGGCAAUCUCCAGAAGAAAACAGCAUAACAUCUAAAGAGGUAUUAAUUAUUGCCAAAACUUUAGAAACACCCCAGAGUCUUAAUUUUUCUAAAUAUCAUGCAGCUGAAGCCGUUCUGGAAUUCGAAGAUUUCGUUGGAACAGCACAAUCUCCUAACCCUAAGAACACACAAGACGAGGUAUGCUUAUCUGAAUUAAUAUGCCCUACAUUUAACUGUCCCUUCAAAUAUUAUCCAAAAAAUGAAAGCAGAGAAUGUAUUUCAUACAAUGAAGUUGAAAACAUCGACCCUAAUCAACAUUACACAAAUGUUGUAGGUGAUAAAGUAGACGAAGAGCAUUUUUUCAAUUUCGGCUUUCCUGGACCCGAUGGAAAUACGCCUGCUUCUAUCAAUGGUAGACGAUUUUAUCUGCCGACCGUGUCUCUUCUGACCCAAAGACAUGAGAAGCUGUCAACCUCGUGCAAUAAAAGCUGUGAAACAAACGGUGUAUGUCAUUGUACACAUAUUCAGAAAAUCCCGUCACAGAAAAUUGUUCAGUUUGUUUUAUUGGACUUAGGGAGCGGGUCAGGAGCAUCUCAUCCGAUUCAUCUACAUGGACAUUCUUUUUAUGUAAUGAAAACGGGAUACGGAACUUACAAUCUCACCACUGGAAAACUCGUGCAAAAUUCUAAUGCCAUAAACUGUACAGACAAGUUUAACUACUGUAGUACCGCUGCAUGGGCUAAUUCUAGCUGGUCUGGAGGCAAUGUUCCUGGUAUGAAUCCAAAACCACCACAAAAAGAUACUAUCAUCCUUCCAACAGGAGGAUAUGUUGUUAUACGAUUCGUAACAGACAAUCCAGGGAUGUGGUUUUUUCACUGUCAUAUCGACGUUCACAACCAAAACGGAAUGGCAAUGGUUAUCGAAGAGGGUGAUUCUUGGCCAAGCCCUCCAAAGGGGUUUCCCAUUUGUAGAAGUUUUCUUGACAAUGGUGAAGAAAAUGUAACUUCGGCUGGCAGAAGGAAGUCCGAUACGUUCCUUGUCAUCGUAACAACUGCAAUUUUUUACUCGAAUCUUUUAUAUUAGAUCCGUUUUUAAGUAUAAAUAAAGUAACAUUAAUCUUAGUUAGUACGUAACAAUAUAAAAAAACACAACAUAUGCAGAAAAUGCCUUACUCCGUAAGUAAUCAAGGUAGAUAUAUUGGACUGAAAUUAAAGGUUAUGUCAUUUUUGAUAAACCUACAAUGUACUAAUUUGCUUAUAAAUAACAAUUUCUUAAAAAGAAUUAAGGUAAUCAUCGAGAUUGCUUAUCUAACGCUUCCAUGUUAUGUUUAAACAUCAUGUAAACUAACACAAUUUUAAGCAGGCUAACAUGCCUGGUAAACAAUAGAGCUUACACUUUCAGAGGUAUACGGUUAAUUGCUCUAAAAUUUUGGUUCCGAUUUAACUUUUUCAUUCUAGACAAAAUGUUUACUUAAAACGCAUUUUUUAAAAUCUGGAUUGCUGUUUAAAUUAAGAUAUGAGGUAAUAGGAGGCAAUAGCAAGUAUUUCAUUGUGGAACAGUCCUUUUUAUCGCGGGAAACGCCGCCACAAAUACAGUUCAAAAAUAAAUUCAUCAACUUUACGUUCCCUCGAAACUUUAACCAAAUCAACAUUGCAAAACUGACAGCAUUCUUUGAUUUUCGAUAUUUGAUGCAUAGUUUACAAAAAUGCAUAAGAAGACAACAAUUUACUUUUGUUGACACUUCAAUUCGGCGAUAUGCACAAGCUUGGAAGUAGCGACAGAACAAUUUAUCGUAUACCUCUGAAAGAGUUCCUUUAGCAUAUUUACAUUGUCAUGCAUAUUUCUAUCUUAGAAACACAAUGAAGCCUUUCUAAUUCGGUUGAGUGUAUAGAUAUUUAUUUUAAACAAUGAAUUAAUAAAAUAUAUAAAAACAAAAUACAA